AUGCCUGGCGACGAUCGGUUUGCGGAUGCUGUCAAACCAGCUUUGGGUAAUUAACAAUAAGGGCCAAAUUGAUCUCAUUGUGUGAGAAAAUUAAUUUUGAAUUUUUUUCAGAAGCGCUUCUUUCCGAUCUUCAGCAUACGACUGAAGUUUUGAGAAGAGCACAUGUUGGAGACAGAAAUUCGGAAGUUCGAGAAAAUGAAUCAACAUUUCGUCAAGAGAAUCGACGAGUAGAACAAAGGUAAGUUUUUUUGAAUGUUUUUUAGAAUGACGUAGGGAAUUGAUGAAAGAUAUUAGUAGAGAAAUAGGGAUCUGGAAUUUCAAAAACUAUUUUUUUUUGGUAUUUUUUAUAUUCAAUUCACAUUUCUGAAAAAUGUCUAAAAUGAAAACUCUGGAUUUAAUUAUAAUAAUUUAUCUUGAAGUUUUUCUUGAACUUCAGGUGUGCGUACAUUUUUUUGCUUACAAAACUAACUAAUUUUAAAAUUUCAAAAAUUCAUUCAUCAAUUUCCUUCGUGCUUUUUGUUUUUUCGAAUAUUGAGUUUUCAUGUUUUUUUCCUUUAACAAUUUUUAUUUGUCUUCAGAUUUUCUCAGCCACAACAAAGAUCAAAAAGCCGUGAACACUUAUAUGGUAUAACAUUUUUCAUGUGUUUUUUUUCAACUAACAUUUCGUGUUUUUUUAGAAAAUGGAAAUUUCCAUUCGUCUUCUUAUAAUGGUCCAAGUGUUCAAAGUCUUUUGUCUCAAGCUGAAGUGAUUCCAACAAGGUUUGGUUUGAAGUUUCAUUUUUCAAAUUUUUUUCCAAAAAAUAAAAAAGAAAUCUUCGCGCACCGCUAAAAUGUUUUGUUUGUCCAGUCCUUGUGUUACUACUACUUACUUUCUUUUUUCUCUUUUUCCUUCCAAACACAAAAUGUCAAACAUUCAAGCUUCUGCUGCGCGUGCGCGAAAAGACAGGUCUCUCGCAUCCUCUCAUUUUCCUAUACCCUCUUAUCACAUACCAAAGAGUUUUUGGGGGCGAGGAAAACGAGAGGGAGAAGCUGAAGAAGAAGAAGAAUAAACUAUUUUUGCGCGGUGCUCAAAAAUUGAAUUGUGUGAGGAGGAGAAAAAAUGAUGCGUGAACUUCAACAACGAUUUGAUAAUUAUUCUGUUUAUAGUUCGAGAAAGAGUUUGGGACCACCGAGCAAUGCACAAUCCUAUUCCGAUUUGGUGAGUUUUUUUUGGGGGGAGGGGGAGUUACUGUAAUUCUAGAUGAUUAUGAUAGUUUAGAGAAAGCUUUUAAAAAAUACAGAAAUAAAAACUUAGUUAUGAUCAAAGUAUACGGUAAGAUUUUUGAUCUACAGUUUUCCAAAUCUGUUUUCAUUUACAGUACUUUUGUUUUAAUUCUGGUGAUCAAGAUCUCAAUUUCACCUUAGGUUUCUGCAAAUCACAAUUUAACCUUGGGGUUCUAUAGAGCACAGUUUAACCCUAGAUUACUGUAGCUCGGAGUUUAAUCUUAAGUUACUGUAGAUCACAACAUUAGGUUACUGUACAUCCCAGUUUUUCCCAUUUUCUCAAAUAAAUAAAUAAAUAAGUAUGUUUAGUUUCUAAAUUCUCUCAAUUCAGAUUCACAUUCAGAAUUCUAAAUUCCCAUAAAAACAAGCCAUUUCAUUUCAUUUCGCGCAUCUGGUUCCUUUUUUCUUAUUCUUGUUCUCUAGUUCUGUUUUCAACUCGAAAAACAUAACAGAGAGAAGAUAAUUAAAAAUGCAUGUGCAUAGAAUAUUUUUGUGCCUUCUUUCUUGUAUUUCUUCCAGAUACUAUACAAGUUUUUUGUUGGUAGUUAGUUGAAUUUUGAAUUCAAUUAUUUAGAUGAUAUUUAUUAUUUUUUGUUAGUUUGGGAUUAAAGUGAGCAAAUAUUUGAUUUGAAGAGAGAAAAAGAAAAACGUGGGUGGGUGGAUUUUUGGGUUUUUUGAAACGAAAAAAAAGAGGUUAGGAAAUAUUGAAGAUUGUGGGAAUAUUUUUGAAGGAGCCUAGAUUUACAAGGAGAAACGUGGCAGAACUUUUAGCAUAGUAGUCCGAGCGCCUUAGGCGCGAGUGUAGAUCAAAAUUCCGCGGAAGGUCCCAAGAAUCAUUUUUUUAUUUUGGGACCAGUUUUCCAAAGCUUUUCCAAGUCAAACCCUCUCUGAAAAUGUGGCCCAAUUAUUUCUUGAACACUCUGCACACCUUACUCUGGUAUAACUUUCCAAUGUUUUUCCCAAUCUCAAAUUUUCAGCGAUCUGGUGGCCGAUCCCCUCUUCACAAUCAUGAUUCGAUGAUCGGAACAAUGAACAGCGAAGUCAGUUCGAAACAUGGAAUCAACACAAUUCCAAAAGGAGAUUGUGCGGAUUGCGGAAAACCAAUCAUUGGACAAGUUGUGAUUGCUCUCGGAAAAAUGUGGCAUCCAGAACAUUAUACGUGUUGUGAAUGUGGAACUGAACUUGGACAUCGACCAUUUUUCGAGAGAAAUGGAAGAGCUUUUUGUGAGGAUGAUUAUCAUAAUCAUUUCAGUCCAAAAUGUCAAAGCUGUAAUGGAGCUAUCAAGGAGGUAAGGAGAGUUAUUGAAUUUGAAACUAAUCUAAAUCGUAAACUUUUUAUUUUGGGGAAAUGGAAUUUUAUAUUGAAUUUGAGUUGUUUAACAAGGAGAGGAUAUAAUCACAAAAUUUUUAUCUCGAAAAUUGAAGUAGUCUCUGAACUAUUUCUUUCUAAAUCUUUCCAACCCCUCAAAAUCAAACUAUUUUUCAGAGAUGUGUAACUGCAUUGAACAAAAACUAUCAUUUGGAAUGUUUUGUUUGUUGCGAAUGCGGAAAAGAAUUCGGAGAAGACGGUUUCCACGAGAAAAACGGACAAACCUUCUGCAAACGUGAUUUCUUCCGUCUUUUCGCUCCAAAAUGUAAUGGAUGUACUCAACCAAUCACUGCUAACUUUAUCACUGCUCUUGGAACUCAUUGGCAUCCGGAUUGUUUUAUUUGUCAGGUAAGCAAAUUGAAAUUUGAGAAAAAGCCCAGAAGUCAUCAAUUUUAAAAUGGCCCAAAUAAUAAUAUAAGUUUGUCGAUUUGAAGAAACCGUCAAGUUCAGAAUGUGCGGUAUGUUAUAUAAAUUGUCCGUUGUUUCGGUUUGGUUUUCCGCUUUUGGUUUUUCUGAUUUGAUGUUUUGUAGUGUGGUGGUUUGGUUUGAUAUUUGACUUCUUUUAGAUCAUAGAUUUUUCUGGAGGAUUUUUGGGUAGCAUUUAUCCGAAGUUAAAAUUUAUUAUUAUCAUUAUGAGCUUUAGAUAGCUAUUUAAAAAUACGUUUUGAAAAAUUAUAUUCAAAAUAAAAACUGGAACAUUUCUUAGCCUUCGAUCUACAUUUUGCUAUCCAAACUUUGAUAUUUCCGAGUUUUUCAAAGGUUUUAGCGAAACUGUUUUGAGCAUCAUAAAAUUUUCUCAAUUUUUUUAGAAAACUUUUGAAAUUUGAAAAACAUUGAUAUGUUUUUUCUAAGAAAUCUUGAAUUCUGAAUUUUUGUUCAAUAAUUUCCUAAAUCAAAAAAGAAGUUUUUUUUUGAUGAUGUGAUAAAUAUUUAUUUUUCUAGCUCUAGCUUUAUGGUUUUCUCUAUUCAUAAUCCAAAUUAGUUUUCCCCCAAAAUGUGUGUGGUUUUUCUUUCAGUCUUGCGGUGUUUCAUUUGACGGCGGUGCAUUUUUCGAGCACAACGGACAUGCUCUUUGCGAACGUCAUUAUCACGAAUCUCGCGGUUCACUUUGCUCACAAUGCCGUGCUCCAAUCAAUGGUCGAUGUGUUGCUGCGAUGGGCAAAAAAUUCCAUCCAGAACACUUCAGAUGUUCUUACUGCAAUCAUCAAUUGACAAAAGGAACUUUCAAAGAAGUCGAUCGUCGUCCAUUUUGUCAUAAAUGUUAUAAUAAUACAUUUGCGCUAACUCCAUCCUAA